UCCACUAUUGAUACGCAGCCCAAAAGUGUCCUCCAAGUUGUUAGUUGCCGAGUUGAGCUUGCAACUGUUGCAAUAAUUAAUUCUAGAGGAAUUCUCUAUGGGAAUCAUAUACAUUACGAGUUCUAAGAUAUAGGCCCAAUUAUGUUUCGCUGUUUAGAACGUAGUGCUAUUUCAUUAGCUUAGGCUACUUUCAAUUUUGUUAUACAGAAAGCGAAAGGAGAAUUGCUCAGAUCGAACUUCGCCGACGCAUUGCUGUACAGGAUGUCGGUGACGUUCUUUGGCUGGGACGUGGUGUACGAUGACAAAUCCCUGGUGUUGGAACUGGGGGCAGAGCAGGAGCCUCAAAAGGGGGAUUCUUACACUAUGUACCAUGGCACCAAUGUCCAGACUGCUCGGAUCAUCAUCACCAAUGGCUUCCGCCAGUCCCCUGAUGGCAUGUUGGGCCCUGGUGUGUACGUGAGCCGCAACCAGCAGAAGGCAGAGCGCUACCCGCUAAAAGCCCUCCCCUCCAACCGUGUGGUGCUGCAGCUGCGUGUUAACGCUGGUCGUGUGAAAUGCAUCGACAAAGACAACCACCCUAUGCAAAAGAGCUGGAACGCAGCAGGGUACGACACCGCAUGGGUUCCCCCCAACUGUGGCAUGCAAUCCGUGCCCAGCGGCCUGGAGGAGGACUGUGUGUUUGACCCCCAGCGCGUCGUGGUCACUAGCAUCGCCAAGGCGCCCAACCCCACCAUCCUGGCUGAGCUAAAGCAGUUGGUUUCACAGAAGCGGGCUGGGAUUGGAAGGGGUGGAGACAUGCAGGUUGCGGUGGCUGGGGAUGUGUGUACCCUGUGUAAGAGGAAAACCACACCAGAUCACACACAUACGCUGCUUCUGUGCUGGGGCUGCGGACAGAACAUCUGCACCCUAAUGACCAAACACAGCUGCUCUGCCAGUGCCUGACACGGGGGGAGGAGUAGCAGUAGAGUGAUGUCAUAGUCUAGUAGUCUUCGGUGGUGUGUUAUUGCAUACAUGUAUCUCAGGGACCUAAUAUUUUUUUAUCCUGUAAAAUAUAUGCUGUACAUCAUGUGGCCAGAAUGUAUCUCAUGAACAAACCUUUUAUCUCCACAUGUAGGCUUAUGUUGUAUGUGGCCGUUUUGGAUAACAAUGAUGUGCCAGAGGGGAUCAACGAAGACACAUAGCAUGUUCUUGUACAGUACCAGUCAAAAGUUUGGACACAUCUACUCAUUCCAGGGUUUUUUUUGUUGCAGAAUAAUAGUGAAGAGUGUUAAAUCAAAAUAUAUUUUAAUAGAUUAUUUAAAGUAGCCACCCUUUGC